CUUAUUGUCGCCUGCUACCACGGCUUUGUGGAUACUGUUGUGGUCUUAGCAGAGUGCCCCCACGUUGACGUCAACUGGCAGGACAGCGAGGGGAACACGGCCCUAAUCACGGCUGCGCAGGCAGGACAUGCCACCAUCACCAACUACUUGUUGAACUAUUUUCCCGGCCUUGACCUUGAAAGGAGGAACGUGUUUGGGUUCACGGCCCUGAUGAAAGCCGCCAUGCAGGGCCGGACGGAAUGCAUCCGAGCCCUGAUGUUGGCAGGGGCGGAUGUCCAUGCCCGGGACCCCCGCCGUGGGAUGUCCUCCCAGGAGUGGGCUGCUUACACGGGACGGUUGGAGGCCGUCCGCCUCAUCCAGAGGCUGCUGGAGCGACCCAGCCCCGAGCAGUUUGGGGAAAAGUACAAGCCAGAGCUGCCGCUCCCCCCGGAGGCCGUUCUGAAGCCCACGGGCUCCAAAAACUGCUUGCAGAGGCUCGCCGAGUUUGUGCGGUCCGCGCUGACGCCCCGCUCACGCCAGGGCCUGGAGGAUGGGGGCGUCCUGGAUCACAUGGUCAGGAUGACCACGAGCCUCUACAGCCCUGCCGUGGCCAUCGUCUGCCAGACUGUGUGCCCCGAGAACCCGCCCUGUGUGGGGAAGAGGCGGCUGGCGGUGCAGGAAAUCCUGGAGGCCCGGGGGAACCCGGACACGCACGCCCCGGAGCGCGAUCAGGUAGAGGGCGCCGAGCGGCAGUCCCGGACCCUCCAGGCCGCGGGGGUCUCCAGAGAGGGGGCCCCGAGAGCCAGCCUCCCGUCUCCGCAGCUGCCAGGCGCCCCGCGGAGGGCCAGCCUCCUGCCCCUGCAGCUGCUGAGGAGGACCAGCGUGCGGCCCGGCGUGGUCAUCCCCAGGGUGCGCAUCAGCAAGGCGCCCGCGCCCACCUUCCACCCGGAGCGGGCGGCCGCCAAGGGCAGCACCAAGGACAGCGCCCACCUGCAGCUCCCCAAGUGGAGGUACAAAGAGGCCAAGGAGGAAAAGAAGAAGGCGGAAGAGGCGGAGAAGCAGCGGGCGGCGGCCGCGCAGAAGGAAAGGCGGGCGCCGUCCUGGAGGAAAAGGACGUGA